AUGGAUAGAAGCCCCUCCCACCGUGGCGGACUGCCACAUUGCUCAUCGCCACCAGCAGCAACACCCAGAAGUCAUGCACAGGAUGAAACAAUUGAGGUUUUUUCUACUCCUGAAAUUCAAUCCUGGAUGUCUAGUAUUGAGCAGUGCCUGAAUGAGGUUUCGAUCACGGUUUCGGAAGGCAAGAUGAAUUCCGAACAAAAACUAAGAGUCACUAGCCUUUGUCGCAAAGUCGGAUACGGAGUCUCUCAAAUGGCUGUGCAAUAUCAGUCAUUGAAACAUAAAGCCCUUCAGAACUACGCCACCCUGCAAACGUUAAAGGAAAAUCAAGACCUCGCUAGUAGUUUGACUGAGAUCAAGCAGGAACUACAAGAUACUCUCAUCAAACAUAAACCGGAAAGCACAUCCUUCGCAGACAUGGUGAAGGGUACAAAAAGCCUUAUUAGGCCUCAUGCAACCAGCUCUGUCGCUAUAUAUCCUAGUGACCAUACUAAGACCAGUGAAGAGACCAAAAAUUUAGUCCAAAAAAUUGUAUGCCCUGAGGAAAUGAAGCUAAAGGUACGUGGACUUCGGAAAACAAGAAACGGAGGUGUUAUCAUAAGCACAGAGACUAAGGAUGACAUGCUAAAAGUGAAAGAGACUGUCGAGCGUUCCACAUCUGCACUUACUGUUGAUGAACCUCAGAAGCGGAAGCCUCGCAUUAUAAUUAUUGGGGUGCCCACUGAUAUGGCAGAGAAAGAAGUUUUCAAAAGUAUUUAUGACCAAAAUAUCGUAGACAAACUUCCAACAUUGACCAAGGAUACCUUUUUGACCUCAAUUAAACUAAGCCAUAAGUCAGGAAAAAGGGAUGCUGACAGCUGCAACUAUAUUGUUGAAGUACCAGCCAGCAUCCGGAAAGUCCUAGUAAAUCAGAACAGGCUUUACAUAAACUGGACGUCGUGCCCGGUACAUGAUUUCACCCUUGUGACUCGGUGCUUCAAGUGUCAGCAGUAUGGUCAUGCAUCCAAGACUUGCAAAUCUGCUACCUCUACUUGUGGCCACUGUGGAGGAGAAGGACACGCGACUCAAGAGUGCUCUUCAAAGGAAGAACCGCCGAAAUGUGCAACCUGUAAGCGCUAUAAAAAACCCUACAAUCACAAGACAGGAGAUUCCGAAUGCCCUGCUAGAAAAGCCGCUGAAUAUAGGUACAUCAACUCCGUAGACUAUAAAGGCGUCUGA